AUGGAAGUCUUGAGGCUAGCCAGAGGAAGGAAGGCAUGGGCGGGGGCGGCGGCGGCGGCGGCGGCGGCGGCAGCGGCGGUAUGGCUUGGUAAAGGACGAUGUCAGCCCCCGGGCAGCACAGGCGAUGCCGAGUUGCCGCCGCCGCCGCAACCGGCACCGCCGCCGCCGAGGUUUGGGAAGCGCAUCGCGGUGCUGAGCAUCGACGGCGGCGGGAUACGCGGUCUCAUCCCGAUGGUCGUCAUCGCCUCCCUCGAGAAAGAGCUCCAAAAGCUGGACGGGGAGAACGCCCGGAUCGCGGACUACUUCGACAUGAUCGCCGGCACGAGCACCGGCGCCCUGAUCGCGGCCAUGUUGGUGACGCCGAAAGAUGAUAAGACGGAGCGGCCAAGGACUGCCGAGGAGAUCAAGGACGUCUACCUCGAAUUGGGGCCCAAGAUCUUCCCUCCCAUGAGCCGGGCUUGGAAGUUCCUACUCAUGUUUUGCGGGCCCAUCUACAAACCCACGCCCCUGCACGACAAGAUCAAGGAGAUCACCGGUGACCUCAGACUCGACCAGACCCUGACCACGAUCUUGGUGCCGGUGUUCGACGUCCGGAGGCUCUUCCCCAGGGUUCUCUCCUCGUACAAGCCUCGUGGAAAGCAUAGGGAGGGAGAGAUAAGACCGAAGCUGUCAGACGUCUGCAUCGGCACGACGGCCGCGCCGACCUACUUCCCGGCGCAUGAAUUCCAAGGCUACCGCCGCCAAGCGAACGGACAGCGAGUUAUCGCCGCGCGGUACCACCUCAUCGACGGCGGCGUGGGCACCAACAACCCCACCAUGGAGGCCAUAACGAAGGUCGCCAGCGAGCUACUGUGCGAGAACCCGGACUUCCCUCGCCUCACUAACAACGUUGUCGACUUCACCAAGUACGUCGUCAUCUCCGUCGGGACCGGAUCUUUCAAGGAGGAUAUGAUGGAGGUGUACACAGCCAAGGAAUGCGCCAGGUGGAACGCCCGCCAGUGGGCCUUCGACCUCUGGCGUGCCCGCAGCCCUAUCGCCGACGUGUUCACCCACGCCAGCAACUUCCAGGUCGACUUUAACGUCGCCAUGCUCUUUCACAGUCACGGGUGCGAGAGAAACUACCUCCGCAUCCAAGCUAUGGUGGAUCCUUCAUUGAACAAUUUGUCAAUGGACAACGCCACUGCGGAGAACAUGAACAAGCUGAUCAAUAUCGGCAAGGGCCUGCUGACGGAGCCGCUAGCCAGGGUGGACAAAAGUACGGGGAUGUACAGGAUGGCCGAGAAGCCUGAUGUGGGGGAGCGCCCUACAAACCAGGAGGAGCUCGAGCGCUUCGCCAAGAUCCUCUCCGAAGAGCGCAUGGGGCGCCUUGAGAACAAACAAAGAGAAGAAGCGCCACAAGCAGCAAUAUAAAUUAGAAGCCUAAUUUAUUUGGCAAUCUUUACUCGCGUUUCUUCGGUUAGUUGCUGGGGUUUUGGCUACACCUUGAAUUCAAUAAGCUUGUUUACCUUGGGUUGUUAUUUUUUCUUAAUUUAUUUACUUCAGUAUCA